AUGGUUACGGGUGUCGUGAUGCUCAGCAUUGGUCCUUCAAGCAACCCCUGGCGGCAGACUUACCUUCAGCCCGCCCUUGGAGAACCUUCGACCUCCAGUCAGAUUGCUCUACUCCACAUUUUAAUAUCUGUGGCGGCAUACCAACGUGCAUGCCGAGAAUGCAUCGGUAGCAACCACGUCCUACCAACGCGAAAGGUGGGCAACUACACCGGAGGUCUCUGGGUGGGCAAGUUCCUCAAGACGCAGACGUACCAAGAGAUUGUGGACGAAAGGGCGAGCGGGGAGAUGGGCAGGCUCUGUGGGAGGUGUUCAAGGGCCGAGAACUUUGAGGUGCAUGCCAGGUCUGGCGAUUUGAGGGUGAAAAAGUAUCUCGGGGAUGAAAGGAAGGUCUCUUCGUCUUUUCUGUGCCUCGUCUCCCCAGUGUUCAAGGAGAUGCUCUCCUUGCCGAUGAACGAAGGCCAAAGGCGGCUCAGAGAAAGAGGUGACAAGCCUGUCAAAUACCUACAACUAGAAGGCGACAGUCCCGAGGCAGUUCUCCACACUUUCAAAUCCCUCUACGGAUCGGACCCCCAAAUGCUCAAUCUCAACCCGGGCGAGAUCCUCGGAGUCGCCGUGUUCGUGUAUAAAUGGGAGUUGGCCAAGCGAUUUCAGUUUGCGGCCAUGCACUGGACCAUGUCACCCCGAGCAAACUCUUACAGGCCUGAGACUCGCGAUGACGCCUGGCAGUUGUUAUUGGCAUCAUAUUGGUUCAGAUAUGCCCCCGGUUUCUCCUUUCUGACCUUUUGGAUGGCAGGAGAGUUGCCUGGGCAUUCGAUGUGCGAACAGAUCAACAAGAUGAAAGACAGGGAACUCGGGCUGUCGCUCGCGCUUGGAAUCGAAGAGUUGCGCAGGGUAAUGGUGAAUCGCAUCUCAGAGACCGGUAAUGGGCUAUGCUUACACUGCUUCCUGACGAAGCCGGACGACUUUCUCGCGAAGCAAGCCAGCUGCCCGAUUCCGCGCCAGCACAUACUGUGA